AACGCGGAAAAACCAGGAAACCGGGUAAAAAUUUGUCUAUUUUGAUUUUAUAUGCGCUGGGUUUCUCGUUCCAUAAAACCCAUCAUUCUUCUCACCUCAUAGCUGUUUGAAGCAAAAGAAGGCAAAUCCAGGCCGUGGAUCCAACCAAGCUCACAGCACCAGGGAAAAACUCUGUGAUACCCGUUUUCAACAAGCUUUCCAAGCAGAGAGAGAACGGAGCAGUCUGAGAGGAAGUAGAAAUCAUUGUUGGGGAUUUUCAAGUGAAAGAGCCCACACGACCUUUAGAGAACCACUCACAAGAUUAUAAAAUUGGUGCUUAUUCAAUGGAGAUCUACCCUACACAGUCGAGCACUUCCACGCUGACGACAACCAUCUCAAAUGGUGCGAAUUCGCUGUACAGAGAAGAGUCUGAUAGCAUUGCGUCCUCGGUUUCGAGUGACGGUAAGCAAGAGCAAGCCACACGGAGUUCGAGGCCUACAACGCCGCUAGCGGGUAACAACAACAACAACAACAACAACACACACACGGCGGCAAGUGGCGCCGCGGGUAAGAGAAGAAGACACGGAAGCGAGGAUGAGUCUGGUAACAGAGACGUUAUACUGCUGUGCUUACACUAUCUGAAGACGAAUAACCACGCUGGGCUGGCGCUCCUUGCUAGACAACGCGGUGUGCCGCCAACGCUCAGACGUCGUGUAUGGCCAGUGCUGUUGAAGUACCACCCGUAUGUGAUAAGCCCAUUCAUCAGCCCGAACGUUGAGAACGAUGAAGAUGCACAGCUGCCGGCGGACGGGAAGAUUAGAAGAGAACUGCUGAAGUACUUUAGAGUAAGGACUAAAGCUGAGGAGAACGUUCCUUCUGGCUCGAGCUCUCCCAAUUCCAUGGAUAACAACAACGGCAACUCCCCUUCGCCAGUGGAGGACGAAAUUGUGCGUAUAUUGGAGGCUGCGAUAUACAAGUUCUUUAACAAAUGGGGAGCGAUAACGAAGUACGACUCUGGUUUCGCAUGGAUCGCACUGGGCCUUGCUGAGUGGUUCCCACCGAUCCCAAAUUCAAACUAUGUGUUGAUUGGCAGAGACUGUAUCAACAAGAAUGAUCCGUUGAACAGACACCUGACACAGUUGAACGAGUACACUGAAGACAGUGGUACUCUGGCUACGGAGGAGGAAUUUGUACUCGAUCAUCAUUCAAUGAGCACACUCGAUGAAAACGCACAGCUCAUGACUUUUGCAGAAGUUUAUGAAAGGCUUGUCCUUGUGCUGUUACACUCGAAGGAGGAGAAAGAUGGUGGUCCAUUAGUUGAGCUUAGAAGAGGCUCCAUAGAAACUCUGGAGGAACUCCACCCUACAAAGACCAUUACAGAUCUCAUUUCCUCAAACUCAUUAAAUCAACAGGAGCUGUUGUUCAAAACAGGUAAGAUCGAGACAAGGGUCCAAUUUUUCCUGGUGGCAUUUGCCAAAUUGUUACCAGAGUUGUACAGAUCGUUAUCGGAAGAUGACAUGCUGAAUAAUAACUCAAACAAGCAUAGCCAAUGGCUCACCUGGUGGCUAAAAUACUGCGGUGCAAAAGCAUUGAACAAAUUUGAUAGAGGUAGAUUGUGGGAUCUCUUACUCGGCUUUAGAUAUCAUUACAACCAAUUUGCUGAUGAGUACCAUGAUAGUGCCAAGGUGUUGAAAAGAUUCAAAAAGUUAUACGACGUGGAUUUGGAUCUCAUAGACACGAAGAACGUGGAUUUGAGUUCGGAUAUCUUUUGGUACAAGCCAGGAGAAGCAAACGAGUUGAAAUGGUGUCAAAUCGAUUACCAACUACAAAUGACCUUUGUAUACGUUGCAAUUUUACAGAGGAAUGAAGGCAAACUGUUGGAGUUGGACCAAGUGGAAAUUGCAGAGUUCUUGAAUAGAUUACCACCGUGUGUUUUCCAUUCAGAUUCUCAAGUGGAGUUGUCCUCGGACAGUUCAACAAACGAUUUCAACAAAGUUCUAAAGAGUGCAGGUGAACUCUGGAGAGGUUGGCUAUGGAAUGAAAUUAGAGAUGAGAUAAACGAUUAAAGCCCCCCAAACUAGUAUUACAGAAUGAAAUAAUUACGAAAUGAUCAUUAACGUUAGAUAAUAAACAUCAAUACAUCAUGAGC